GCGUCCAUCUGUCUGCUCGGAGUCGAUGUGGAAUCUAACAACAGUUUAUGGUGGAAUUAUGGCACAUAAUGAAACACAUCCCAUUUUGGAAAUACUAAAAUCAUUUAAUCUUGGCGAUAUGAUUUUAGCCUUCUGUUUGUCAGUGCUUGUGGGCCUGCUGCUCGGUGCUCUGGUCUACGUUCUGUUGACCUGGGCAUCCCGGCGCCAGGCCACCGCCAGGAUCACCAGGCGCUCCAAAAAGAGAUCCGGCACUUCACAAACAGCCACGGGCAACCAGCUGGGCCUUUACAGAAGCACUUUUCUGAGCGUCUACAGACAGCCCUCUCUGGAGCCAGUGGGCCCUCUGGGGAGUAAGCCCGGCGUCGAGGCCUCCACCUUUCACCCUGUGGCCAAGAGGAGCAGGGCUGGCCUGGAGAUGGCAGAGGACACUCUGAUCAUCAUGCCUAAGGACACAGCAGCUUCAAACUCGUCGGAUUCAGCAGCCCUCGUACCAAACAAGAGACAUUCCUUCUGGUUGGGCGGCAACGGACUUAAAGGAUUUCUACCUUCACAGACUCCCCCUCCUGCAUACGACAGUGUCAUCCAUGCUUUUGAAGAGACAUGCACUUGAAUCUCUCUGCAUAAAUACAAGAGAAGCUGAAAAGGGGAGAACAUUCUGGGAUUACACAGGACUUUCUGACUGUGCUCUGCUAUUUAUCAGACCAUUUCCAACACUUUUCAGUCUAAAGAAGUGUCCUUAACUGAAUAAGAUGCUUCCACAACCAUCAAGUCUCAUCACAGUGUUGAGAUAUAGAUAAGGGGUGCAACUAAUGACUAUUUUCAUAAUUGAGAAUUUUGUUCGUUUCUCGAUGAAUCAAUUAGUUGUAGAAUGUCUCAGAAUAAAAAAGCAAAUACCCAUCAUAGUUAUCCAGAGCCCAAAGCAACUUCUCCAAAUGUCUUUUUUUAAUUCACAAUGAUAUAAAAUAGAGGCAAGCAGCAAAUGGAGGAGAUGUAACAAGCAAAUGUUUUCUUGAAAAAAGACUCAAAUGAUUAAUCGAUUAAUCGAUUAAUCAUUGCACUUCUAAUAUUCUGUAGUUUUUUGCAGAACAUCUCAUGACCAUGCAUGUAGAGCGUCUGAGGCAUUUUAAUCUGAUCGCAUGAAGAUGACGGCAACACUGUGUGCUAGAUGGUUAUAUAUUAUCAAAUACCACAAUAAAGAUGUAAUAUUGAUUUGAUUUCAGUGCGUGUGCUUUUUGUGCAUGAAUAAAACAAUAGAAUCCGUUUAUAUAUUUAUAUUGAGUGAAUAUAGUGUCAUAAGCUGCUUGGCAAAUGGAGGAAAGUUAUCAGUUAUUAAUUAAUAAAACGUAACGUUGUGGCAGGAAGGACAGUCCACUACAAGCACAUUCAUCACAGCAAGGUCUUGUGUCAAGAAUGUCACUACAACUUACAUUACAAAGAUGGGGUGUGCCGAGCAAGGUUGCCAUUAUGAAAGAAACCCCCUUUUGAGGUGCAGCAAUACAUCUAGUUUUGAUUAUAGUGGCGUGUGGACCAGGCUCCACAUCAAAAUAUAGUAACA